AGCAUUAUAUAAUCUCUUUUCUUCUCAAUUAAUUCCUUCAGCCUCCGUUAUCUGCGCGCAUCUUCAUUUGUUUUUCUUUUGAUCAUGGCUAAGGUUCCCAUGAUCAACACCCUUCUCCUUAUGAUCAGUCGGAGAUCAUAUUCAGUUGGAGCGGAGAAUGCAAGUCAUGUACAGCCAGUAAUGACAGCGAUGAGGAAUGCAGCCGAGUCUGGCAGUGCUGUGGCCACGGAGCAGACGAAAGAUCAGAUCUUUUGGAUGAGACAUCCAAAAAGUGGCAACUGGAUUCCAGAGACUCACUUUGAUGAGAUUGAUGUUGCGGAGUUGAGGGAAAAGCUUCUUCCCAAAAAGAAGAAACCAUGAAGUUUUUCCAAAAAAUGGAUCAUUUCGAGUACGCUUUACUUGAUUUACUGGGGACAGAUUCUAUUAGAAUCUCACGUAUAAUUCAACGUAAUAGUCCUUGGCGUGCAAUAUUUCCUUUUGUAUUUUGUAAAAUUGCCUGUAUACGUAGACAGUUUCUCAUGCCAUGUACCCGCAGAGUGGAUAUAAAUUGCUUUGCUUUCUUCAAUAAUUUUCGAUUCCCUGCUCCGAAGGAGCUGAAUUGCCACAAGGUUUGGCAUUCUAAUUACCAGUGAACUAUAUUAAAUUGUAAUGUUAUCAUGCUUUCAAUGAAUGAAUGGCUCAAAUUAACAUGCU